AUGGGCGCGAGCGCCAAGCGCAUCAAUAAGGAGCUCGCAGAGAUUGCCCUGGACCCGCCGCCGGGCUGCUCCGCGGGCCCAAAAGACGACAACAUAUACGAAUGGGUCGCCACGAUCCAGGGGCCGCAAGGCUCCCCGUACGCCAACGGCCUGUUCUUCCUCGACAUCCAUUUUCCAUCAAGCUACCCCUUCCAGCCACCCAAGGUGACGUUCCGCACGCGCAUCUACCACUGCAACAUCAACAGCACGGGCGGCAUCUGCCUCGACAUCCUCAAAGACCAGUGGAGCCCCGCCCUUACGGUGUCCAAAGUCCUGCUCUCCAUCUGCUCGUUGCUCACGGACGCCAACCCCAACGACCCUCUGGUGGGCAGCAUCGCGCAGCAGCUCCUCACCGACAAGGCGGCCCACGACAAGACAGCGGCGGAGUGGACCAAGCGCUACGCCAGCGGGUGA